CCGCCCCUUAGACAUGACUUUGGCAGUGAGUCGACAGGAACUCUCUAUCAGAGAGUGGUUUGUUUCAGGUUAGUUUAGGAAGUGGAGAGUGGAGAGUGGAGAGUGAGAGAGUGGAGAGUGAGAGACUGGCAAUGAAGGUGUGUGCUGUUUAAAAUGAGUGUUUAUUAUAAGUCAGACGGGGAGGAUGGUGCUGCUGCUGCCGUUGCCGAGUCUGAGCCGCAUGUACUUGAAGUUCUGGUGGAAAAGCCUGGGCGAGGAGCUGCUAAUGUCGAGUGCAAUGGGACUUCAGGCACAGGGCGCCGAGCAGUCACCAGAAAGCACUCCCCUGUUACUUCUUGCUGUCACUCUGAGACCGUCAGAGAUUCAGCUGAUGAGGGAGGCACUCCAGCAACCGAGAAGAAGCCCAAAUGCGUGGGACUUGGGUUAUGCUAUACCCUGUUAUCGUGUUUGUUCUUUUCAGUCACUUCAUUCUUGGUGAAGAAGGUUGAUGGCAUUCAUGCUCUGGAAAUUAGUGGCAUUCGAUGUUUGUUUCAGUGGCUGUUCACAUGGCCUGCCAUUAUAUAUAAUGAAAUAGACUUGCUGGGACCAAAGGACCUGAGAGUUUUGCUGUGCACACGAGGGAUUCUAGGUGCUGUAGCAAUGAUGUUGUUCUUCUAUGCAAUUCAGCAGAUGCCUUUGGCUGAUGCCACCGUCAUCAUGUUCAGUAACCCGGUCUUUGUCAGCGUUUUUGCGUGGAUUUUUCUGAAGGAGCGCUGCACUUUUUGGGAUCCAGUCUUCACUGUGUUCACUUUAACCGGGGUGAUCCUUAUCGCCCGGCCCCCGUUCCUUUUCGGCUCCCGGGUUUCAGGAUCGGAAAGCGACUACAAGAACCGCAUGAAGGGGACCGCUGCCGCUUUCGGGAGCGCGAUCUGUGCCGCCCUGACCUUGACAGUCAUCCGCAAAAUGGGCAAAUCUGUCAGCUAUCUGCUCUCGAUCUGGUACUACUCUGUGAUCGGAUUAAUUCUGUCCGUGAUCAUGGUGUCAGCCCUUCAGGAAUGGAGCCUGCCCUUCUGUGGGACGGAUCGGGUGCUCUUGGUCUUGAUCGGUAUCUGCGGACUCGGAGGGCAGAUCUUCCUCACCAAAGCCUUGCAGAUUGAGAAGGCUGCGUCGGUGGCCCUGAUGAAGACCUUAGAAGUGAUGCUAGCCUUCAUAUUUCAGUAUUUAUUCCUCAAUUACACCCCGAGCUGGUGGAGUUUAGGAGGAGCACUUUGUGUGACACUUGGCACCUCUGGCGUGGCUUUCCAAAAAUGGUACAACACCACACACACCAGGAAGAUCACAAACAGCGCAAAUUAACUGUGGCCUAAUCUGUGUUGAUGUGGAGUAGAGGAUCUGCUCAGGCGUAUCACUGAAAACGUAAAUGUAGUCACUGCUAGAAUGCUUAAACAAAUUACUCAAAAAAAGGACAAGGCUGCCUGGUGAACUCCGUUCUGAAUACUCUAUUAUAGUCAUAUCCUUAACUUAAGAUUUUCUCAGGAUGACGAUGUAAUGAAAACAAAUUUUGGGUUUUUAAAAAUCCAUUUUUUUUGUAAUAUUUUAUACUUAUAACUGAUGAGCAAUUGUGACCAGAAUGUCUCAGCAACAAUGGUAGCAAUUUUUUUCCCCCCCACGCUAUUUUAUAACUUUGGAAAAUUGUUGUCCAUACCCUUUCAGAGUUCGUUUAAGCUGCCUCUGACGUUUUUUGUGGGCGUUGCUCGUGGCUCAAUAGUGGCUCUACUGCCACUUUGGAGCCUCAGAUGGAACACCAGUCUAAAGACGUGCUUGUAUAUCCUCAGCUAGCAUUUUACAGUACAGCACAGUGUGCUGCAUAUUGGAGGUCCCCCGUUAUCCUCUCAGGUGAUAAACUGAGGCCGUGCCUACCCUCCGAUAUGGCUGUAAAAGAUCUCUCAGCACUACUGACAAGAUAGCAGGCAAGUUGUCCUGGUGUCACAGUAAACAUUUAGCUGUGAAAGUGCCAGAUUAUCCAGUUGUUUUAUUUCAGUGUCGCUUGUGAGAACUGACUGCAAUUUGGCUGAUGCCAAAGACUUCAAUUCAAAAGUGUAUCGUUGGUUGUAACAAUCUUUGGGGUGUCUGAAAAGACAUUCUAUAAAUUUGUUAUUUCUCUUAGUAUUCUGAUGUGGCUCUUGAACAAUAGAUGUAUUAUGUUCCAUAAUCAGUAUAGAAUUAUUUAACUUUCAAAAUGUUUGAUAGAAGUGAUCCUUAAAAACGAAUAAAAGUUCAGAGCUGGGUGAAAAAUCAUUACAGCUGUAAAGUAACCAAAUUGACUUGGCUGUCACAGUACAGCCAUUCUGCACAUGUGCAACUGUUAUCCAUCAACAUAUAUAAAUGUGUUGAUUUAUAAAACCAAUUAUUAAAGUUGCUAGCCUUUUGCAACACAUUCCAAACAGUGAACUGCUGGACACAGUUAAGUUCUGAUUUUCUCUACGUGGAACACCAAAUAUCAUUGCACUGUCUGCUAUACUCCUUGAGAAAUAAGUAGUUAGAUCACUGGGAUGCAUGGAAAAGCACUGUUGAAUUUGCAGAAAGUAUUUUGCUACUUUUGUCCAGUCCCUGCAACACACUCAUUAGUAGCAAAUACCAAAAUGCAUGCAUGUGAAGGGUCAAAUUUUAAUGUUAAAUUAUAUUUAUAAUUAACCUGCAACUUAGUAUUUAUUUAUUUCUUAUGUUAAUCAGCCUGAUUUCGUAGAACAUGAAGCAGAGCAGGUUGUUUUGUGUGAAUUGUAACAAUAUAAGGGCAAAAAUCCUUAGAAAUAUUGUGCAAUUAUUUCACUUUCUUCCCCCCACUCCCAGAAUUUCAAGCCAGGAGAGAUUUGGACUGACGCCUCUGUUCUGAUGUUUAACGUGUUAUACCAAAUUCCCUUCUCCACUAUUUAUCAAUGAACAUGUUAAUCCUUCAAAAUAAACAGUUAAUUCUUCGAUUUAAAAUGGUGGUAAGAUGAAUUUGAUGUGAGUUUGCCUUAUUGUUGCAUAAUAUUGCUUCCAGUAAUUUCCAGGUUUUGGCCCAGUCUCCUGUAAGCUUAUUAAUUUAUAGACAAAACUAGAUAAGCAGGCUCAUUUGAGAGAGAGAUGCAUGAUAAAUUUGUCGAGCAAAGAUCUAGGAUUUGUGUAUUAAGGUUUAUAGAUGUACUGUCAAAUGUACAGCUGUACAAAAUAGCAUUGACACAGUAUAAGGGCUAAAUAUGAAUGAUUAGUGUACAGGUGGAUUUUGUUUGUGUCUUUUGACUUGAAUUGUUUAAAGUGUCACAAAUCAAAACUUUGAUUUUCCACACCGUUUUCGUUUAGAAACACAAAUUGUGAAUCUCGGAAGAAUUUUCUUCAAGUCAGUUUUGCAGCUCACCAAAUCACUCUCUCUUUUUAAAAACCGAAAGAACUACGAAUGCUGUAAAUCGGAACAAAAACAGAAAUUGCUGAAAAAGCUCAGCAGGUCUGGCAGCAUCUGUGAAGAAAAAAAAGAGUUAACGUUUCGGAUCUGGUGACCCUUCCUUGUCACUCCCUUUUUAAUCCUUAGAUCUUUCUAUAUUGUUCGUCAUUCCGUUCCCUGUCACUUUAUACCACUACUCUCUUUCACUGCGGUUGACUGACUACUGUUUUUUUUUAACAUUUGUUCCUGUUGCUUCGGUUUCUUGCUUACCUGGCUGCCUUUUCCACUCCUCUAUCAAACUACUAUUGCAAAGCUCUUUCUGGCUUCAAACAUUGUGCUCUCCUCCAAUUCUCAGCUCUUGUGCACAUCCAGUUCUUACCACUUCUUCGCCUUGUCGUCAGCUUUCUAGCCCUGAACUGUGGAAUUCUCCUCUUAACAUCUUUCUCUCUUGACAUUAGUGUUAAGUCAAACCUAAAAAUUGAGAAAGAGGUAGGUUUUUGGAUCACCUGCCCUAAUAUCUCCCUGUGAUUGGGUAUCAGAUUUUGUAUGCUAACACUUCUAUGAAGAGCCUUGAGACCUCUGUUAAACGUACUAUUUAAGUACAAGUUUUUUUUAAAACCAUCUAAUUAAUUUUCAAUAAAGCCAUUACAUUGUAUGCCAGAGUAAGGUAAGGGUUUAUCAAAAAUGCACAGUGCAAUGGGUAAUCCUGGAAAAAUGAUGCACUGAUGCUUACUAUGCUGUAUAUCAACAUAUCCUAUUUAUUGCCGUCAUAAAGUUAAUUAAAUGUGUGAGAUAGGUAUAUGUCUCUUAUUUUGUUACUUUCUUUAAUUGGGACAACAAAAAGCCGUUCUAGUUUGAGCAACAGCACUGGUAAAAGCUAUACCCAAGGAUGUGGAUGUCAUUUUGGUGGUUGGAGCAUUUUCUGUGGAUAAAUGGACAAAGUUCCGUUAUGAUACAUUAACUAUAAUUAUUGGGCAAUAGCUUUAACAAAGAAUACAUAAACAAACUAAAAUUCACUCCCCUCUCCAUCAGAAUUUUAACUGCUGUUGUGAAUUUGGUCUGCAUGUAAAUUCACUGCUGAAUUCUGGGAGUCAUAACAUGUCUUCCACAGUCAAUAUUCAGUCAUCUACAAAAAUAGAAAUUGUUAGAAAAGCUCAGCAGAUCUGGCAGCAUCUGCAGAAGUUAAUGUUUCGGGUCGAGUGACCCUUCCUCAGAUUCAGUUACCUAUGUUGAAGAAAGACUUUAUAAAGGCAUUUUGUAUUUAGAAAUGAAUUGUUCUCACAGUAUUGUUGCUUGACCGAUGAUUUUAAGCUCUUGUCACUACCACUGCUGCUAAAUCUGCUUAAUGUGUUGUUAUAAGAUGUGAGCCCUUUUUGUUGUUUCCUCUCAUCCCCCUUGAAGUUUUCUCUCUUUCAUGAGUUCAUUCCUAGAAAUUUGCUGUCUUUUGCUACACAACAUUGUUGCACUUUCUAGUCUCUCCUCAGUGGUAAAUAGCUUUAUUACAAUGUUGCUAUAAACCUGUCCUUGCUAUAAAUCUCUCCUUGCUGGCUUGCUUUCUGUUUUAAGUGCACGUUCCCAAAAAAAUAUAAAUUUAAUUUGAGGAUUUGGUGACUCUCUUCUUUUUCAAUAAAAUUAUUGAACUUCUGACUUUAUUUGAACAUUUUCCUCAGCGAAUGAUGAACAAGCUGAAGUUUUGAUUGCAGUAGUGGUAGGAGACUGGUAGUCCCAUUUAUACAAUCAGUUGAACUUUUCACUGCAGUCAAUGAAGAGGAAAUUCAGGCUGGGUUUUUAUUGGGUGAGCAGCCUGUGUUGAUUUGAUUUGACCAUGCUAACCAUGUGGUACUGGUCACGUGGCCAGUGCAGACCAACCAGAGGCAGAAAGAAAUGAUUCAACCACAUGUUCAAAGAAUCUUAUAGUUAGAAUGUGGAACAUCUUACAAAGAGUGUUUGAGGUGAGUAGUGUAGAAGUAUUUAAAGAAAAGCUAAUAACCACAAGAGGGAGAAAAAUGGAAGGUUACACUGAGAGCGAAGGCUCAUGCACUCUCCAUGAAAGCCAGAAUAGACCAGUUGGGCUGAAUAGCCUCUUCCUGUGCUGUAAAUUCAGUGUACUAUCUGCAGUCAAAUAGACAACCUUACAAAACUUCCUUCAUGUUGUCUUGAGCAUAAAUAAAUGAGGGUUUGAGUGGAAAGAUAGAGAAAGGUGUGUCCCAUUGGAAUAGGCUGCUGAGUCAGGGUCCAUGAAGAUGUGGAGCCUGAGACCAGGAUUGAGAAAGUGAACCGAACAGGCCAUAUUGUGGUUCCAUGAUGUGCUGUGGUAUGAUUGGCCUGUGCUGAUCAUCUGACUGACUGCCAUGGUAUUCGUGCAAAUGAUAGAAAGCUCUUUAUCAUCAAAUAUUCAGUACAAGUUUACAAUCUGACACGAAACUUUUAAUAAUAUUCUUAGUCAUGACAUUUAGUUAUUUUAAGUUUUUAAAAAAAAAUAUAUUUUCAAAUGAUGUUUUGGGGAAAAGGUAAUAUUUUUCCUAAUAUACUUUGUCAGAAGAUUCUAUAUUUGAAUUAAACGUUUCAAUGAGAAAUUUGUUUCUAAUUACUGGACAUAAAUGCCUGUAAUAAAAUGUUUGUUUAUAUAUCUCAAUAAAUAUGAAACAUUUAAUAUGGAA